UAAACGUUCCUGUGAUCACUGGCAAAUAUACCACUAUUAACAUUUCUCACAAUACACUUUUACAAUUACACUUCCGCGUGUCAUUAAAGGCGUCCGUUUGCAAUUGUAAAACCUAGACUGCAUGCCUGGCCCAGAAUUCCUCUCACAAGGUUCUCUCUGAAGAAAGGGCCUUUCUAACUGCAAAAAAUCCCUUUUUAAUGCCAUAGGCACAGGUGUAUUAAAGUGUGUACCGAUGACACUAAGCAACUAAGAUAUUUACUAAAACAUAUCCGGCUUAACUUCGAAGGUGCUGAGAAGAAAUAGCAGCUGUAAUGACACUGUGUUUUCUGGCGCCAGCUGUGGUAGAGUUGUGGUGCUGGCGGUAGUGGCUGAGGGAAGAGAAAGCGACAGGUACGGGCUUACUUAAUCAUCAUCUCCCUAACCGCAAGUGUAGGCUGGUACCUUUAAAGAGGUUUAACAAGGGCGGCUGAAGAUGUUAUGCCAAAUGUUAUACAGAUUCUGUGUAAUGCGGGACAAGGGAAAAAAGUGAACUUGUACACUUUGAUAUACCGCAAUCUUGUAUUAGCGUUAAUAAUCAAAGCAAAAGACUAUCUACAAGAUAAUGAAACGUGCAGUUCAGAUGUUUCUGUGUUUUGUCUUAUUGUUGUCGGUACCUGGUUUGCCUGAGUCUAGUAAAAGUAGCAGCAAGAAGAAGGCAAAAUGCAAACUUUGCUUGACGGAGUGUGAUGGAUUUUACAACAAUGUUAUAAGUAAGAUGAAAAUCCUGUCCAGAACUACUGAGAGCGAAACUAGUGAUGUGGGUCGCAUUCUAAUCUGUAACAAGCACUUUGAAAAGCUUACUGAAAAGUUGAAAUGCUGUGUCUUCCACAGUAUAUUUGAAUUUUAUUUGAAAGUCUUGGACAUAGCAUCUAUUGACUUCACUGAGGAGCAGAGGAAAUCCAUUGAUGAUCUAAAAGAAGACAUUUCCAUAAUGAAGUCUGGCAUCAGCAUUAAGGGGUGUAGAAAAUUAAGUGCAUCCAGCAGACAUAAAGGAGAAGCUACAUUAGACCAGUGUGGAUGUAGAAGAUCAUUGAAGAAACCCAUUAAUAUUGCAAAAUACCAGAUACAGAAUAUUCAAGAAGCUAUCAGACAGAUGGAGUCAAGCAGGAAGGCAACUGAAGCAAAAGCAAUAUAUGAACUUUCAAUCCUUGCAGGUUUCCUGACAUUAAGGCCGAAAAAUAGGAUAGCACAGUUCAGAUGUCAAAGAUAAUAUUGAUUUAAUGUUGUACAUUUUGUUUUCAUAAAUAUUGUUUAUAACAUCUUAUUUAUUUGUAUCCAUUGGGAUAUACUUCAUGAAAUAAAAUAUAACAUUAUUUAAACCAUGUAUUACUUUAGAUAAAUAGCAUACUAUAAUGUCUCAGCAAAUGUAUUAUUCACUUUAAAGAGAUGGUCUUCCAUUCCUGUAUUAUUAUUUUUCAGAUCGGAACCUAUUGCUAAAAUGAGUGCAUGCUUAAAUUGUAUUAUUUUUCAUAAAUGUAAUGUUUUAGUAAUGUUUUGAUCAUGUUUAUGCUUACAUCCAGGUUGACAUAGAUGUUGGCAAUUUUCACAAACAUUGUGAACCAUAAUCCCUGAAUACCUUUACAGUACACCUGAUACUCUUCCAGUAAACAGUUAUAACUUUUGUAAAUCAGUCUUUGCCUGUAUGUGUUAGCUCACAUGAUUAAUAAUACCUAGAGAAGUAGCACGGCUGUGGAGGAAUCUAUGAAACAGCACCAUGGAAGAUUUAUGUCGAUGCCAUUUCCUUCUCUCAAGAUCAUAGACACCCACCUAAAUACGUAUGUACUUUGAUAAAGGUCUGAUUGUUUAUAAAAUUAAUUCUAGUCUCACUGCAAGUUUAGUCUGUGUUGGGAAAGCAAUGCAAUCCAGCUUUACUCAUUUUUAUGCUUAUCUGUAUCGUCUUUCUUUUUGAGAAGCUGAAAUUCAUUCUUUCUUUGAUCUUUGUGCCUUAUCAGUUGCAGUUCACAUAUAUAAUGUGUUGCUCAACGUUCAUGCUUUGCUUUUUGCCUAAGCUUACUUCAGUGGUAUAAAGUACAAUAACAAAUAAGUGGUUUGUUACUGCAUCAGCAAAUUAUUGCUGCUCUGGAACUUAAAUGCCAACAGCAUGGUAAUAAACAGAACUGAUAUGAGCCACUAUAACAUAAAUAAAUCAGUAGAUUACCGAAUUAAAUAAUGAGAUAUAGUUAUGAAUCUGAAGGAACAAAGCUUCAAAUAAAAUAUAUAACAAAAGACCUUUUCUUUAAAGUGUGAUAGUUGAUCAGUUUGAUCAUAUAGUAAGCACUUAAUUGUGCAUAUAUUUUUGGUAAGGCUCAGGAAGUAGAGAAUUACUCUCUCUAAAAUGUAAAAUUCCAUUCUAUUAAACAAGAGUCCACAGCAUGUGCAAAACAUUCUUUAAUAAUUCAGUUUCAGUAUUUUGUUGUACUUUCACUGUAGAUGUUGUUAUUAUGGAUGUUGUAAUGUUAAAUAAAGCUACGCUGCUAUUUUUA